AUGUUUUCUAAACAAAGUGGACGUCUGGCAGCGCAAGCUUGCAAACGUUUUGCUCGUCCUACGCAGUCCCGCAGUUAUGCGACUGGAGCAGCCACAGCAGCCGCUGGUGGUGCUUUCAAGAGAGCAGCAGGUAUGUUGCUCGCUGGCGUAGGCGCAAGCACAGCAGGCGGUUUUGGAACAUGGUACACGAUGCAUUCGAACGGCUUAGGCUUCCACUCAGACGAAGAGAGCCUGCGGCGAUUUGUCGCUAACCACGAAGAGGCGAAGAUGGUGGAAGAGACGAUCAACAAACAUCCGCUCGUUGCAGAGCUCCGCGCCAACCCCGAACUCACCGAAUCACGGCCCACACAUGAAAAUGCCCGGAUCAUACCGAAGUCGGAGCCUGACAGGAGGAGCGCUCAUCGGCGAGGGGAAAAUGCCACAUAUGUCGGUGACGACCUGUGCGGCCAUCCUGGUAUUGUACAUGGUGGUCUCCUGGCGACUAUGCUGGAUGAGGGUCUCGGACGUUGCUCCUUCGGUGCGCUGCCCCAUAACAUUGCAGUUACAGCAAACCUCAAUGUCGACUAUCGCAAACCCACCCCAGCGGGAAGCUUUUUGGUUCUUCGAGCGGAGACAUACAAGGUGGAAGGCCGCAAGGCCUGGGUUAGGGGCCAUAUCGAAUUACUGGCCGAGCCUGGCGAGAAGCCGACGAUAGUGGCCGAAGCGCAAGCACUAUUCAUCUCGCCCAAGUAUGCUGCGAUGAUGCCUAAAAUUGGUUAA